AUGACCAACCAGAUGGUGUCUCGAUUCAGAGUCAAGAAGCUCUCUCCCAAACACCCACUUCCUAUUUAUAAGGAGUAUCAAUUACCAGACCUCACUGAUGCUACAAACGUGCAAAGGGCCGUACCUCAAAUAGAAACAGGUGUUGAAAAAGAGGAGGAGGAAGAACAUGAUUUACAAGCCGCCAUGUCUGCUGCUCAAGCUGCCGUAACUACUGGUGCCUCUGUUGAAAAUUAUAUCCCAACUCCUGAUGCGUCCCGCCUUAUUCCCACCGAAGAGUAUGUUAGUCUUUAUAAGAAGAAGUACAAAGAACCCUCCACCUUAAUCAGAUUUUCGUCUACGGUCGAAGAUUGUGUCGGCUGCCCUUACGUCAUGGACGAAGAAGACGAGGUCUUUUUGAAUAAUUACAUUGCUCAAUUUCCCAAUGAUACAUUAUCAGAAGAUUCGUUUGAGAAGAUCAUGUGGGAGUGUGAAUCUAUUACAAAUCAACAGUGGCCACAUCUUUACUUGGAUGCUACAUUAAUUGCUGAUUACAAGACAUUUAUGGAUAAUGUACCAGACUAUUCUAAACUCAAGACCUUGGCAAACUUUUCCAUCAUCUUUGACUAUUGGCGUACGCGUCGCUUACAGCGCGAGGGUAAAUCUAUUAUUCCUCAGCUGAAGUUCGAGGAGAUACUGAAGAACGAAGCGGAUCCCUAUGUGUGCUUUCGUCGUAGAGAAACGAAGCCUAUUCGAAAGACAAGGCGUACUGAUCAACAAUCACUUGAGCGUUUACGUAAAUUGCGUAGUGAAAUGGAAAUGUCUAGAAAUUUACUGGGCAUGGUCUUGCGUCGUGAAAAAACCCGUAAAGAAGGACUCGUACUGGAGCAUAACGUAUUUGAACAAAAGAGGAUUAUACAUGAAUAUCAAAGGACUUUGGGUAUUAAAGAGGAUGACGAUAUAUUAAUGCCAAAGAAAAAGAGGCAUGUUGAAAGCUCCUCUGGUGCUACUAUCAAGAUCCCACUACACAAGCUGAACAGGAUAUAUAAAUCACCCACACAAUUGGCUAUGGAAGCCGAAUUGAACAGAAAGAGAGAAUUGGAUUUGCCUUAUAACGAUGUCACUGAUUCUCCUUAUCAACCCUUUCCAUUGCCUAUUCCACAACAGUUCUAUCAAACAUUGGAUAACAGCCAGCAAAAAUUCCGUAAACGUAUGGGUCGAAAUGGUCGUGUCUUUAUUGAUCGCAUGGAUUAUGAGCCAAAGGAGAAGGAUUCUAAAUAUCGAUUUGAUUCUGAUGCCAGUGAUGGCGAGGAUCUGAUGGAAAUUGAUGAGAUGGAUAGUUUGUAUUUAAAACAUCGUGUUCAAUUAUUGUCCGAAACAGAGCUUCGAAAUCUUGUUACGGUUCCGUUCCUGACACCAUUGAAUAUGAUCAAUAUCAAUCAAGCACGUCAAGCUGCCGCCGCCGUUACCUCUCCUGCUCCUGUACGUCCUGUUAAUAUUCCACAAACUGUAUCUCCAGCUAUCACAACAACACCUUUAAAGCGCCAAAACAGCCGAACUAAAAUGACACCUCAACAAGCCGCUGUAGCUAUGGCCAACGGAAUGAUCGCAGCAAAUAUGGCUGCGGUAGUAAACGGUACGUCAAGUAACAAAGCAGCAAUGCAAAUGGCUAUGGCUGCUGCCCAACAACAACAGCAUGCUAAUAAGCAACAACAACAACAACAACAAACUACAAAAAACCCUCCAUUAUCACUUCACUUUUAA